CUGGCAAGGCAGAGCGUGUUUAGGCAUCUUCCCCAACCCAUCCAGUCCCUGGGCUUCUGAACUCCCCCGCCUUCUACCUUGUCUUCCAGCAACUAAAACAAGUUCAUCCUUAAUUCCCUGGCAGCAGCUCGGGACUGGAGCGACCACCGGCCUGGGGAGAUCUCUGCCCUCUGGGGCUGGGACACCCCAGCCAUCACCCAAGCUGAAGCUACGGGUCGCCGACGCACUGGCCAGAUGUCUUCCCGCAAAGCAUCCACGGGGCCUCCGAGCAGCGGGGCUCCCACCAACACUCGGGAGACAGACACGGUGGAGCUGGCCGAGUUGGGACCCCUGCUAGAGGAGAAGGGCAAGCGGGCCGUCGCCAACUCGACCAAAGUCGAAGAAGAGCAAACAUGCCCGGUCCCUCAGGAGGAAGAGGAGGAAGUGCGGGUCCUGACGCUGCCCCUGCAGGCCCACCAUGCCAUGGAGAAGAUGGAGGAAUUUGUCUAUAAGGUAUGGGAAGGCCGCUGGCGGGUCAUCCCCUACAACGUGCUCCCCGAUUGGCUGAAGGACAACGACUACCUGCUGCACGGGCACCGGCCGCCCAUGCCCUCCUUCCGCGCUUGCUUCAAGAGCAUCUUCCGCAUCCAUACCGAGACGGGCAACAUCUGGACCCAUCUCCUGGGUUUUGUGCUGUUUCUCUUUCUGGGGAUCUUGACCAUGCUCAGACCAAAUAUGUACUUCAUGGCUCCCCUGCAAGAGAAGGUGGUCUUUGGGAUGUUCUUUCUGGGUGCCGUGCUGUGCCUCAGCUUCUCCUGGCUCUUUCACACUGUUUAUUGUCAUUCCGAAAAGGUCUCCCGGACAUUCUCCAAACUGGAUUAUUCAGGGAUCGCUCUGCUAAUCAUGGGAAGUUUCGUCCCCUGGCUCUAUUACUCGUUCUACUGCUCCCCCCAGCCUCGGCUCAUCUACCUCUCCAUCGUCUGUGUUCUGGGCAUCUCUGCCAUCAUUGUGGCCCAGUGGGACCGGUUUGCCACCCCCAAGCACCGGCAGACAAGAGCAGGAGUGUUCCUGGGUCUGGGCCUGAGCGGUGUCGUCCCCACCAUGCACUUCACCAUUGCAGAAGGCUUUGUCAAGGCCACCACAGUAGGCCAGAUGGGCUGGUUCUUCCUCAUGGCAGUGAUGUACAUCACCGGGGCCGGGCUGUAUGCCGCUCGAAUUCCAGAACGCUUCUUCCCCGGCAAAUUUGACAUUUGGUUCCAGUCCCACCAAAUUUUCCACGUCCUAGUGGUGGCUGCCGCCUUCAUCCAUUUCUACGGGGUCUCGAACCUUCAAGAAUUCCGUUACGGCCUCGAAGGUGGUUGCACGGACGACUCCCUCCUCUGAGCCCACCCUCCCGGAGGAGGAGGACCAGCUUCCCAAGUGCUUUUUUAAAACUUCUCCAUUGCCUAAGCGCAAGGAAGACUUUGAGCUGUCUGUUGGUGGAUGAAACCUCAAAACAGACUCCUCACCGACCGAGCCUCGGCCCCCGCGCCCGGGAGGGCAGAGACUUUCCAGAACCGGAAACUUGGGAGAGCAAAGCCUACCUGAAGUCGUCCCCCUCCGGGAGGCCACCGGGAUCCCUUGCGCAGACAGUAUUUUAAAACUCACAUUGAGGUUUCCCUGUCCCUUUAGGGGGAAAAAAGCAAGAAGAGUCGAGUCUCCAGGCGGAAACGGGCCCAGAACCUCCGCCCAGUCUCAUGGUUUAAGACUCUCCUCCCAUUUUGUAGCACACACUCUUCAAGGGGUCCCCCCUUUCAGGGAUCCAGACCAGCAUACGCAGCAGUAGGAAUCCAGCCACCGUGUUCACCCAGCUACUGGUGGCCUUGAGCCCGGGGUUCACGUAACUUAAGUUUUAAUUCAUUUUUGUUUCCCCCGCCCCCCCCGUCCCUGGCAGAAUAAUGUAAAAUUCAAAUGGAGAUAUUUAAUAUUUAAUACUAAGCUUGAAAAGAAAUCUUCUAUCAUUGCCGUGUAUCUUAAUGCGAAGACUUUAUGGAUAGUAGAAGGAGGUACCUGAUUUUAGGGGUUUCGGUCCAUCUCAGCCUUUGCGUUUAGGUUUGUCUAAUAAAGAGAUCAUUCUGUGUC